AGUAUAUAAAAACAUAAAUCUAAAAUUCAAUAAUAAUAAUUAAUGAAUAUAAAGAUUGUAUACAACUUAAAGACUCAUAAGAUUUCCCCAAAGUAUUAGACAUUAGCUGAAAUAAAAGCUGCUAUAUCGAGUAUUUACUAAAACGAACUAAAGGAUGGAUUUACUUUAUACGUAACUUUAGAUUAAAGUAAAAUUUUUAAAUUCAUUAUUAGCCCAAAACCCUUAUUAAAUUUAGGAUGAAUAGUAUUUUUAAAGAAUAAAGGACUUAUAUGUUUAUUUAGGAUGGUAAUCUAUCAAGUUUGUUGUUAAAGAUCUAAAUAAUCCUGAAUUGACAACAGAUGAUAUUAAUAUACUUAAUUAAAGUGUAGUUGCAAAGUCAAACUUAUAAUUGAAUUAAUUUGACGAUAUUUUAUAAAAGAAAGAAAUAGUUUAAUCAUAACAACAGAAAUAAGAGAUCAAGAACAACAUUAAUGAUUAACCUUAAUAAAGUAAUGCUGUUGAUGGAUUAACAAAAGAGUAAUUAAUUUUAAAUUAAAUUAAGAAUUAUGUAACAAAUUAAUAAGCUUUCAUUACAAGAUAUCGAUUGUAAUAAUGAAGAAUUCAAAAAAUUUGUUAUUGAACAAGUAGAUGAACGAUUAGUGUUUCAUGGAAUUAUUUAAAAUAAUAACAAUAAGAAACAGUAAAUUUAGUAAGAGCAACCUAAAACCCCUGUUUAUAAAAUGCAAGUCUUAUAUAAAUAGAACAAUUAAAUUCAUAUGGAGUUUGGAAAACCUUAUAAAUGGGAAAUACAUUUAAAAAAUGAUGGAAAUGUUACUUGGAAAAGAGGAAUGGUAAAAUUAAUUAGUAUAGCUGGAAAUUUUAAAGAUCUUAAGAUAGAUGUAUAUUAAAUAAAUAAAUAAUUUUAGUUAUAAAAUGAUGUCAAACCUUAAGAAACUGGAUUAUUUUCUUGCAUAUUCCAACCAAUAAACCAGUAAAUCAAUAAUAUUAAUAAUGAAUUCAGAGUAAUUAUUUUUAUACAUUAAUUUAGUUAGCACAUAUUGAAAAUAACAAACCAGAAUUUUUUGGUUAAAAAGUGUGCUUUUGUUUAUUUGUGAAAAACUAAGAUGUAAAAAAUUAAAGAUAAUCAACAAUUACUUAAAAAGAUGCUUAAUUUAAUAGUAAAAAAUAAAAAUAAAUUAGCAACAAUAAAUGAUGAGAAAUUAUAGAAGAUUUAAAAACUAUCAGAAUUGACGAGAAUUAGUUAUUCUGAAUCAUAAGCCUUUGUAGAAUAGAAUUUAAACUUAUCCCUUUAAGAUUUGGCAAAUAAAUAUUUCAACUAAAAAAAUUGA